AUGGAGGCUGCGCAACCUGCACUAUGGCUCUCAAUGUGGCCAACUGUUUACCGUGUUCUGCGCGCUCUGGUAGGUCUGCCACCCCUGCUGCUGGUACUAGCCUUAUGUUGGUACCACUGGAAGUUUCGCCGCGUUUUGGAUGCUGCCCGUAAGUUACCCACCGAAGUGAGGACUUUGCCUCUGUUGGGGCAUGCGCACUACGUUCUAUAUGGAUCUACAGAAAUGGUGAUGACAAUCGUCAACGCUGCAAAAAGCUCGUUGGCUAAAGGAAGCAAAACGUUAUGCCUCUGGCUGGGGCCGUACCCGGUGGUUUUCGUCCAAAGAAAUGAAGAUGUGCACACAGUCCUCACGAGCUCCAAAACAUCUGAAAAGAGCAAUGAAUACAAUUUUCUCAGAUUCGCUCUUGGAAACGGUCUUUUAAUAGCCCCAGGCCAUAUUCACAGAAUCACCAGACGCUACGUGAACCCGAUGUUUCAACCUCGGAACCUGGAGAAACUCAUCUCUGUCUUCAACGAAUCAGGACAGUAUCUCGUCCAGAAACUAUCGAGUCGCGUGGGCAAAGGACAGUUUGAUGUUCUGCCUAUGGUCACCUCCACUUCACUCAGGAGCGUUUCUUGUACAUUGUUUGGCCCAGAUAUCAAGAUUGACACAGAGUCUGAAGAGUUCAGAGGACUCUCCUGGGCAGUGAACAUGGUUGCACUAGUGGAGUUAAACAGAUUCUUCAAGAUUUGGCUGUGGCCAGAACCUGUGUUCAGACUGUUGUGGAACAAAGAGAUAAAUGACAUCCAAGACUGUUGGCGCAAGUUUGCCAAGGGGCCGUUAGAGGAAUUGGAAAGAAAAAGAAACUCUCAGAACAAAGAGAUUGACACAAAUGAAAACGUGCUUCAAGAUAAAAAAGAUUCUUCUUCUCCCCUGAAUCUCCCAGACACCUAUCGAACACUGAGGGAAAACCAUCCGGAGUUUCAGGAGAAAGAACUUCAUGAUGAACUUCUGACUCUAGUCGUUACGGGCGUUGACAGCACCAAAUCCGCAAUAUCAUCAUGUCUUCUAUCGCUUGCUGCUCUUCCCGAAAUCCAGGAGCUGUUGUAUGAAGAGGUAGUGUCCGUGGUAGGUGCUGGGGAUUCUGAAGUGACGAUGGAGGACCUGAACAGAAUGCCUUACCUCGACAUGAUAAUGAAGGAGACUCUAAGGAAAUAUUCCAUCAUUCCCAUCAUCCUAAGAACCGUGAAGGAGGACCUCGUUUUGAGCGACUGUACACUACCAGCAGGGGCCACCGUGUCUGCUUCCUUCUACAGCCUUCAUCACGAUCCUGAGGUUUUCCCUGAUCCGGAAAAGUUUGAUCCUGAACGGUUCUCUCCUGAAAAUAUGGCCAAGUUGAAGAAAUACUCUUACACGCCGUUCAGUAGUGGUUCUAGAAACUGUAUAGGUAAAACCUACGCAUACAUGCUGACAAAGAUUGCCGUAAUCCACGUCAUCAGACGCUACAAACUUUCUACAGAUUUUGACAUUAGAAAGAUGCGGUACUCCAUGGCUCUAGCCUUGGUGUCCGACGACGGCUACCCCCUUAAACUGGAGGGAAGAUGACUGAAAACCGCGGGAAAACGUCCUCUUGAGCCAAUAUUUUUGCCACUAUUGUGAAAUAGCCAUUUAUCUAUACUUCAACACCGAUCUCAAUAGUACAAAUGGUCCCUUGAUAGUGUUAUAAUAUGGCGAUGUAUUAAACUUUUAUUAUGUAAUUAAAUUUAUAUUAUUAUUAAAUAUAUUUUGUCUCCAUUUAAAGUUGUCUUUUCUUUUUAAAUGCAUUAUGGUGGUGUUUAGGAUAUUUCAAAACAAAAUUAAAAUUUAACCUUUUUAUCAAUAAAUAAUUUGAGUUAAUCGAUGGCUUAGGGCAAAGUCUCGGUUUUACAUUUGAGAUGGCUUAACAAUUUACUUGGCGGCGGAAUAUAAUUCCUUGCCUGUCUUUAAUCCCAAUUAAUCUAUGAGAUUCCAAACAAAGUGAUAAUUCUGUUUCCUCUAUUGUGAUUU